AUGCUCAGGACUUCACCAAGCAAUUCCAAGAGGAACUCAUCCUACUUCAGAUCAAACUCACCACCAACACUACCAGGCUACAACAACAACAACUCAAACUCACACAGGAGGAGGAAACUAACAAGACUCAUCCCAGCUCACUCAGCCUCAAUCAGACCGAUCAUCCUACUCAUCCUACUCAUCCUACUCAUCUACUGGGCAUCCAACACACUCCUCAUCCUCUUCAGAUUCAAGAUCGCAGACGGACUACUCUCGGCUGGCUGGAUCGGAAUCGGACUCAAGAUACGAAAACCUCCGCUCAUCUUCAUCCACUCAUCACAAUCAGCAGCCGUCGUAUGGGAGUCAAACAAGAUGGCAAGCUCAUCCGGACACCAACUAGGACUGAGAUACUGGGCCAUCGGACAGGGCUACAAGAAUCAGACCGCCUCCCCAAGCUCAACCCAAGAACGACUACUCAAACUGACCACCCGGCAAGAUCGCUACGAACAUCAGAAGGACCAGACCAGAGGGCGACAACGGAUGGAGGAGAUGGAACUAGAACCGGGCACCACCUACGUCUAUGAGAUCGUCCUACUCAACAGUCACUUCAACAACAACAAUCAACAUCAUGAUACUAAUAACCAAUUCGAGAUGAUCAAGAAGACCUACUCCAAGCAUCGAUUCACCUGGCAUGGCAUCGACCCAAUCGACCUCAACCACGGCCACCAUCGAAUCUCUGAAACCUCAGCCACCUCGAGAUCCCCGAGCGACGUACUACACAUCGUCGUCAUUGGGGAUAACCAGUUUGCAGUCAAGACCUUCAGGAAGCUCGUCAAACGAUUCAUCAACAUCAAAGCCUAUCUGCCCUCACCCAAGUCCAUCUUCUCGCCCCGCCAACUCAUCAACCAUCCCCUGCCGAUCCCAAACAAACCCAACAUGAUCUUCCAUCUGGGCGAUGCCGUCCAGGAUGCACACAACCUCAAACAAUGGCAGACCGACUUCUGGGACCCACUCACGUUCAAGAACAAGCUCGCCUCCGAGAUCCCGAUCGUCUAUGCCAAGGGGAACCACGACUUUGAUAACUCGGGCCACAACUUAUACUCCGGCGGACUGCCCAAGGUCCAGAUCGGAGAGAUGAACCGGACCCAGACCGCCAACCUGAACUCGAACUCUCCUUUAGAGAUCCCUGGGAUUGCAGAGGCAGAUAAGAGUUAUACGACCUUCACCGCACACGAACGGGACCCUCAAGCUAGAGGGACCUACUUUGCGUACUCCCCUCAUCCGAGAGUUCGAGUCAUCGUCUGCGACUCCAACCUCGAACCCACCAGGAAACUCUCCCCGCAAUCCUCCCUCUCCGAGGUCGACGAACACGAACGCUGGCUGCUCUGGGAAAUGGCUCGCCCCGAAUGGAAGGAGGCUAGUAUCAGAAUCAUCCUCGUUCAUGUCCCCCCCUUUAUCGAGUUCUGGGAGAAACAGAUGUGGAAUCAGGGCCAUGAAUCGGCUUGGGGAUCAUACGUUCGAACUCGAUUUGCACCACACUUUCAUGGCUUAUCACCUCUGACCUCAAGAUACGAUAUUCCACCAGCCUCGAUGGUGAUUUCGGGACAUUCGCACAUGUAUGCACGGGGGAUGUUGAGCAACUUUGUAGCGGGGCAAUACUUUGGGGAGACGAACUCAGCGGGGAUCCCAGUCGAGCUAAAGAAGAUGGCGCGGACGCAGAACAAGCAGGUGUAUGAUCCGGUGAACCCACAGAUGGACCAUGGGGUGGUCUAUGUGAUCAGCGGCGGGGCGGGGGGCGUGCUGGAUGAGGAGCGGGUCGAGGAGUGGGGGUUCUACGAACGCACCGUCCUCGGCCAGUUCCACUUCAACCAUCUCCAGCUCGACAUGUCUCAGACGCUCUCCUCGGUCGAGGAGUGGAACCAAGACUGGGACGAUUCGCGCAACAAACGCAGAGCAUUCAAGGAGAAGAAGGUCCGGGUCUACAAGCUCAUCGGCAGUCAAUUGGUCUGUCAAGGCCCCACCGAUCUCCGUCAUUCUUCGGAUGAUGAUCCUCAGCACAAGAAUUCCCAGGUCUGGGAGGCCGGUCAUUACUCCGCUACCGAUCGCUUGGUCUGGUCUACUCGCGCAAGCGACGGCAGGUUGCUCGAUCGAUUCGUCAUCGAGGCCGACUCGUGUCGUUAA